GUGGAGUGAUGUGUCGUGGUCACCGAGUGGAGCAGGGAGGCAAGAGGCUCACUCUCUCUCAUUGAUACUCACAGUGUGAGGAACUUAAGAAGGGGAGAGCAUCUCAUACACAGUCCCACACACACACACAGCAGCCUGUGAGCUGUGAGCAGGGAUGGUAGCCAAGGAGAUUGUGGUCUCCCUCUCGGGAGGUUCACCGUGGGGCUUCAGACUGCAGGGAGGAGCGGAGCAACAAAAACCUCUACAGGUGGCCAAGGUUCGUCGACGCAGCAAAGCCUGCAGAGCUGGUCUGAAGGAGGACGAUGAGCUUGUUGCCAUUGGCGACCAUGUGUGUGCAGAGCUCAGCCAUGCGCAAGCCAUGAGCCUCAUAGAUAUGGAGAGCCAUACCCUCACCCUGAGGGUCAAAAGAGCACCUCCUGGAUUCCACUCCUCAUCCUACUCUAGUUCCUCCGCUUCGCCCUGCUCUUCCAUGAGGGCCCUCUCUCCCCCAGUGGUCCCCUUGCUCACCCACCGCUCCUCCAUUCUCUCCCCCACCGGGAUGCCCCGAGGCGUCACAUCCCCUCCGGACAGCGAGGCCUACUACGGAGAGACGGACAGUGACGCAGACACGCAGUCGCUCACUCAUUGUCGCCAUCGCCGCACCCCUCCCCACGCGCAUUCACCAGCGCGCCAUGACAACCAAGAGGAGGAGGAAACCUCAGAGAUGAGCGGGUAUGAGAGCGCCACAGAGGGAGUUGUUUCUUUGCAGGGCCAGUGGGAGGUUCCGUGUCUUCCAGGCGUCCCCCGCAGAGAACUCAUCUACCAGCCCUUUCAGACUGAGUGGACAACUCCGGCACACACCCCUCACGCGCUCACACUGACCCCCGAUCAGGGCUCAGUGGAAGCGGAGGGAGAAGGUGACAGCGGCUUCCAGGAGGCUGGGGGCUGCGUCGGGCUGACCUGCCCACCGCUUGUGUCCCCCGAGCGUGCCAAAGAGGCUCUGCUUUCGGCCUCGGGUAAACAACGGGUGCCCAUGGUGGGACCCCAGCGGGGCCUGGUCAGCGACGAGCUCUCCAACACCUACAUGGACAAAGCACGGCAAGCUAAGCUGCAGCGGGGGCAGAGUGUGGUGGAGAAACAAGUGAAAGAAGCUCGUACCAAAUGCCGCUCCAUUGCCUCUUUGUUGACUGAUGCUCCCAACCCCAACUCGAAGGGGGUGCUUAUGUUCAAGAAACGCCGGCAGAGGGCCAAGAAGUACACACUGACCUGCUUCGGGAAGGCAGAUGGAGAUAAAAGAGAAGAGACAGAGGGAGACACAAGAGGGGAGACAGAGGAGGAAGGAGGAAGCUCCGUUCUGAGUGGUUCAGAAGUUGAUGAAGAGGGAUUCUCAGCAUCGUUUGACCCUACGUGGGACACCGGUUAUCUAGACCUGCUGGACAGGAAAAGCUCUGCCUGCCCUUCAAGUUCACCAGUGACAACGGCAUCAACCAAUCACAGCGCAGUGCUGGACAUCUUGGCCUAUCAGACACCAGGACUGUGGACUUCUGUGAAUCAGAGCCCAGGGUUGGAGGUCUCAGGCCUGGAGGGCUCCGCCUAUCAAGGUCUAAGGCUGGAGAGCAGCAUCGGAAAGCAGCCAAUCAGUAACCAGCCUGCACAAAUGUCUCCACCAGCCGUGGCUCUGACCAACGGGUCGCUGGCUGUCAGUCGGGCCAGUGUCGUUCUGAACCCGCCCUCCCAGAUGCCAACUCCAAGUCAAAACGGGCAGCACCCGUACUCUGGUACCAACCCUAAUCCUUGCCCCAGCCCAGUCACAGACUCAGAUCAUCCCCUGAAUCCAAAUGUUCUGAACCGCACUGCACGUCCCUUCACCACAGGGCCCUCCUCUCGUGCAUCUGUAACCUCUGUGAUGUUCCGACCUCCGCCACCCAAACCCACGGCGACCAGACCAGUAGCCGCCGUCUCCAUGGUGACUCUCCAACCAACUCUUCCAUCAGGGCCAGAUGCCAGGAGAGCGGUGUCUAGCACCUCACUGUACAUCCCUCCCAGAAACAACAGAAACAUUCCCCCCUCUGUUUACUCUCCCCCCUCCUCUCUGCCUUCUGCUACUAAUCCAUCCACUUUUUCCCCUCAGCCAGCAGUGUAUGCUUCCCUCUCUGUCCCGUUCUCUCCUGUUUUACCUCAAGGUACCUCUUUCUGUCCAUCCCCAGUUCAGGGCUUCUCCCCUUCAGCACCACAGGCAUUUCCUUCUCCUCCUGCUCCUUAUUUAACUCCCUCCAACUACUUUGCCAUCUCCCCGCCACAUCCCCCUAAUCUGGCUCAGGUCUCCAUUCAUGCCCAUCCCUCUCCUCCUCCCCCCACCCAGUCUUUUCCAUCUCCAUCAGUCCACACUUACAGCAACAUGACAGGUUACCUGACCCCUGUCCUACCCGCUGCCACGGCAACUGCACCGCCACCCCAGGGCUCUCUGGCAACUCGAGAGGAGCGCAUCUCGGUCCCUGCUGGACGCACCGGCAUUCUGCAUGAUGCCCGUCGACGUGGCAGCAAGAAGCCGAUGUUCUGCUCAGUCCAGAACAAAGAUGUUUCUCCGAACCCGGAUCUGCUGUCGAUGGUCAAGAACAUGGACGUUCACUUUGGGAGUGGCCCCAGGGGCCCCCCGGGGACUCCAAUUGUUGAAACUGGAGCUGCACCAAGUGGGGAGACUGGACACGAGUCAGGGCCGGAGGAGGACUGGCUGAGGCUGGGGGCGGAGGCCUGCAACUUCAUGCAGGCCCAGCGGAAAACCAGGCCACCUCCUGUAUCUCCCAAACCUCAAACCCCUCAGGUGCCACAGUUAGAAGGGAAGGGAGGCGAGCUGUUUUCCCGGCGGCAGAACAGGAUGGAUCGGUACAUUGUGGAGCGGUCUCCCUCUGUUGCUGCAGUGCCUUACUCUCCUGCCCGUCCUAGGGAGUCAUCACCCACGCCGUCUCUCCCUUCCACCUGGAAGUACUCGUCCAGCAUCCGUGCUCCUCCUCCCAUCAGCUACAACCCUCUUCUCUCUCCCUCCUGCCCUCUGAAGGCCCAGAAGAAGCCUGUAGCGACAAAGUCGGUGCCAGCUGGAACUAAAGGGCAGAAAAAGGGCCUAAAGUCUGUGGACAUAAUGAGCCACCAGCCCUACCAGCUCAAUUCUUCUUUGUUCAGCUAUGAGGGUGGUGUCCUUUUGGAUGCCUCCACCAAUCAGCAGCGAAAAGGAUUGACAAGUGGUCCUCAGAAGACAACGAGAGUAUAUGAGGCGAAGCGCUUCUCCACACCCCCACCGACAUCCACAGGGCCCGCGCUCAAAGUUAUUGUCCCUCGUUCAGCCACGACACUUGGAGAACCACUGCGGCGCUGCGACCUCCAAUCUCCUCCACCUGUGGCUGGCCACGCCCCCCCCCAACCCUAUCAUCCUCAACCCCGACACCAACCUCAGUGGGCCACCUCCCCUCUGUCGCCCCCACCUCCCGCUGCCCCCACCGCGCCACUUCCUCAGCUUCCCAACUUCUCUGCUGCUCCUGCUUCGAUUUCGGUCCAGUCCCCGACUUUCUGCCACCUUCCGCCCUCCAACACUGCGCCGGCCAACAGGCAGUUCAAGAGUGCUCCGGAUCUGAGUCCAUUAGGGUCGUCCAGCAGCAGUCUACCUAACAGGGUCCCCAGGCCCAGGUUCAGCACCUCCAACCUGGGUCUGCAGCCUUGUGUGUGGCGACCUGGUUCCACCGCGCACUGAUGCGACCUUGGUUUGGACAUAAUAAAGCACGGCUCUAACGUGGAGCAAAAUCUUUUUUUUGAAUCGGUCUGUGUUUUUAGCUUUGUAACGUUGUUAUUCAGGGCCGCAGAUUUUUUUUUUUACCAGCCAUGUUUUAUCACUUACAUUUAAUCUGGUUGACUGAUUUAUACAAUGCAUUUGGCUGUAGUGAGAAAACUCUGUUUUUUGCCAUGUGGAAUGUGUGGAAACCCAAAAUCUGUAAAACAAAAUUGAAUCCACAGCAGGUUGAAAGGACAGAAAGAGAUGUUGCGGAAACUGAAAUGAAGUUCUCUAGAUAUUACAUGUAAUGAUUAAGAAUUAAGUUCAAACUUAAAAAAAGAAGAAUCAGAAUGUGAAAAAACAAGACUGGUGAGAGAGAUGUGGUUGAGGAUGAGAAAAAGAUGAGUAAAUCACGGAUGAAGUGACAAAAUAGAAAUGUCUGAUGAGUAAAAGGUGCAGAUUUGAUUUUAAACUUCACAAUCUGUUGCAUCCAGCAAAAUAUUAUCAAGUUGAUCUAACACAUUCGAAGUAGCUGCUUCUACUGUAAUUUUCUGUUAUAUUUAUUCUACCUUUUUGUGUUUGAUUGCAUUUUAUUGUGUGUGUGUGUGCUUUGGUUUCUGUAGUUUUUCACAGGGCGAAGAGCACAGCUGCCAGAUGAGCGGAAGCCUUUUACAGUAGCUUUGAUUUCUGAUUUGUUGAUAUGAGACGUAUACAUGUCUGUUUAGCCGUUUUCCACAGAGGCAUGCGGCUGAAUAAAAAUAGACACGAGUCACCUCAGCUGUCACUUUGUUUCUCCCUGGGUCACAUGCUCCCACGCUGCUCCAAUAUCUCCUCCCACACGUUUUUAACAUGAUCUCUCCUUCAGGCAUAUUUAUUACUUUGAACUAUAUUACAUCGCUUUUUGCAAUUGCUAAGAAGCAUUGUUCAAUACUCAAACCACAUUUUCAAAACUCUUCACACGUUCAGCGACACACAAGGAUAUACGGACGUAACUGUGAAUAAUAUUUCGUUGAAUACAUUUUGUCUGAAAGCAAUCACCACAGCUUUCAAAAUCUACAGAUUGUCAUUCAUACUACCGUAUUUUCGCGACUAUAAGGCGCACUUAAAAUCCUUUUUUUUCUAAAAAAACGACGCGUGCGCCUUGUAAUCCGGAGCGCCAUAUAUAUGGAUCAAUUGGUUGUGUAUUGUAACGGACUAUGUUUUCAUGUUCUGGAGCGGCGUUGCACUUUACAGAGCUUUGGGAUGUUCAGUGAAGGGCGCACAAUGUUACGUCACUCAUCUUAGUGCCACCUAUGGCGACGCGGGAGUUGUUGUUGUUUUGGAGAGCGAUGGUGUGUUUUUGUUCGGCGUACGCCCGACAGUAGCCUGUUUCUCGACAAUAAAACCAGAAGAUAAGCACAUUGUCCAGAGAUUCAUUAGCGAGAGUCGCUACACUAUAUUAAAGCUCGUAGUUGGAUGUCGGGAUCGCGCUGACGGUCCACCGUCUUCCAGCGCUGCCUCUCGGUGCAAGAUGCAUGAAAGCAUUUGCCAAGAAUGUUUUGAGAUAUUGUUAAUAUCCACAUUAACGUUUGAACAACGUUACCAUGGGAGAGACGAGUUUUCAGAACGCUUAAUAACAUUUGAUUUAGCACAGCCCGAUCUUGUGGAUGCACAACGGAGCCCCAGUCAAACGUUUUAGUGCAGGUACUUUCUCUAAUGCAGCGGAGUGUCAGUGUUUUUCCGGUUCGUCCGUCCAUGUUUUCAGUCAGCGCGGCAAUUAGAACGCGGAAGCACCCCGCCACCGCCAGCGAAUGCGGAAGCACCCCCCCGUCGACGGGGGACGAGCCGCGACCCGGGUCCCGGAUAUGCGCCUUAUAAUCCGGUGCGCCCUAUAUAUGAAAAUAUUUCUAAAAUCGGCGAUUCAUUAAAGGUGCGCCUUAUAAUUCAGUGCGCCGUAUAGUCGCGAAAAUACGGUACUCAAACAGCAAAACACUGGGUAUUUGCAGGAUAUUUUUCAUAUGCUAACACACUGCUUUCAAAACUGAUAAAACCACAUUCAAAUCAGGAUGAUGACAAAUUUCAAACAUUUCUGCAGUAAUUAUUGUGAAAUAUAGAAGAUCCUAGCAGAAUAUCAAAGAAUUAUCAAUCCAAGCUAAAUACAAUUUCAGCUCAAAGCCAACCCAGGUGUCCUGAUUUUCUCUUAUCACCAUGUUUCAGUAAAAGGUGAUGGCUUGGAACUGAUUUGUUUGGAAAUAAUGAUCACAGAGGACAGGUCGGUGGGGAAGGAACAGUGAUAUGAGGGAGGGGGAGUGUGUGGAGGACAAAGGAGAUGAAGACUAUGAUGAAAUACAGUAAAUGUUGUGAACACGGUCUCACUUUGAGAGGCCGGUCUGAGGCUGCAGCCCUCUCCUGCACCGCUCAACAGUUGCGCCAAUAGUACAAAUUUUAUUCGGCAAAACAACAGGUGAUAUUACAUGUUACGGUACAAUACAUAGUCUACAUUUUGAAAACCUAUUACAAUACAGUAAUUGUUGUCUUUUACUAUAGGAUCCAACGGUUGCCUUAGAGAGGAAGGAGUUUCAAAUGUGCAAAAAAAAUAAUAAUUUCGGAUCCUUUAGUACAUUCA